CUCUUAGUGAAGAUGACAUUCUUCGUCCCUGUUACCUUCCUGUUGCUGAACUAUUUGUUGAGCUGCUUCGCUGCUCAUGCUUCUAUCUCGGAUGAUCAAGGCAUUCACAAUAUACUAAUCCAUCUAAAGAAUUACAGCAAUGCAUACUUUGAAGUUAGAUCAAAACAAUUUGAGGUUCACAUCAAGAGCGCUCACUACAAGGAAGUUAAACAGGUGUUAUCAGAAAGCUACAGACUGGAUCGUUUAUACGGACUGAAAUGGAUUAAUGAACUAAUAGCUUCACGUGUUUUCCAGGCGAACGAGGUGAUCGACAAAGACACUAAGAGACGAUAUGCAAAUGAGUACAAAGUGGAGAAACUUCUGAAUAAAUCUACUUUUCUAGACAUAGGAAGUGUAGUGCUUUUGAAGAAAAUUAAAGAGAAAUGGGAAGCCAGAGCGAGAUUGUAUGCUGCUGAAGAUGCUUACCUGUCUAGAUCAUCGACAAAGUGUUUGAAGAAAGACGACAAUACAACACAGAAAGUGAAUUUGAUUAGUGCGACGAAGCGAAUCCGAGACCUGGAAGAGUUUGUCAAUGUGAAGCUUUUUGAAACAGGUGAAGCAUACAUGAAUGAAGAAAAAUCAGACCUUAAUUACAAGAUGAAUGCAGACAAUUUGAUGACUUAUAUAACUUACCUUUCUGAAAAAGUAGUCGAGGUGGAGCUUGAACGACUUAAUUAUUUACAAAUACUUGGUCCAAGAGAAAGAGCGAAAGUCUUAAUAGACACAGUGAAUGCGGAGUUUCACACACCAGCAAAAUAA